AUGCGCAAUCUCAAUCGCAUGACAGCGAGGCUUUCGACCGUGGCAUCACCGCUGGUACAGCUGGAACGGAGCAUGGAGUCCGGCGGUGCCUCCUCGGCUGGCUGGACUACCGGCAGGCAGUCAAAUGGCAAGCUACCGGGUCUGGAUAACCCAGCCGACCUCCUGCCACCAAUUACUGCCACCUGCGAGGUUGACAUACUGGCAAAGACGGAGUUUCACAAGAUCUGUGAACUGCUGCAUGCCUUCAAUUUCUACCUACAACAUGAACAGACCCGUAUUGUGCUCUGUAUAGAUGCCUUUGAGUACGCCUGUCCAGUGAAGUUGGCUGCGUUGUUCUACCAAGUGCACAGCCUAAUCCUCAGCCAGCCGACAGCACCCGUGGCCUUUGUUAUCGCGACAAACAUCAAGGUAGGCUUCGUGUCAUAA